AUGAGGCUAUCCCUUUGCAGGUUGGCAUCGGCGGUGCUAUCCCUGACCUUUGUGGGCGAUGCUUUGCCUGGUGCUUCUGCGCAGGCCGCGAGCCGGACCACUCCGCCGAGCGGAUGUCUGUCAGUAGGAAGCGGCAGGCAGUACAGCACCAUCACGGAAGCGAUAACUGCCUUGGGUUCUGGCACUUCAGCUGCCUGCAUUUUCAUCUACCCGGGAACCUACAACGUUGCUGAUGGUGUUUCGAUCAAGUACAAGGGCCCGCUGACACUGUAUGGGUCAACCUCGGAUACCAGCAAGCAGAGCGCCAACCAGGUGACCUUUACCAGGAACAAGGGUUCGGCCGAUGCUGGGAGCCUGGACGCGUCUGCCACGUUCAACAUCGUGAGCAGCAACUUCCGGGCGUACAACAUCAACUUUCGUAACACAUACGGCACGCAGGGCCAGGCCGUGGCCGUGGCCGCCAACGGCGACAAGCAGGCCUACUAUGCGUGCGGUUUCUACGGCUACCAGGACACGCUGUACGCCAAGAGCGGUCGCCAGUACUACUCCAACUGCUACAUCGAGGGCGCCGUCGACUUCAUCUUUGGCGCCGCGGCUGCCUGGUUUGGCGAGUGUACCGUUGCCUCCAACGGCGGCGGGUACAUCACCGCUAACUCUCGCUCCACUACGGCUGAUACUACCUGGUAUGCUUUUGAUCACAGUACUAUCCGGGCGGCUGCCGGAAUUAGCUUGGCCGGCAAAGUGUUCCUCGGCCGACCGUGGCGCGUACUUGCCCGCGUUAUCUUCCAAAAUUCCGAGUUGACCGACGUCGUGCACCCUGAGGGCUGGACCACAAUGGCUGCAGGAGCUACUCCCGAGUUCCGGGAGUUCCAAAACACUGGUGCAGGAUCUAACACAUCCCAGAGAAAGUGGCUCACUUUCCCAACGACUGCUGGUGUCACUAAGACCCAGCUCUGGGGCAGUGACUGGAAGACUUGGAUAGAUACUGCAUGGUGA